AGUUACCCUCUCCAUUCCCCCAUCACGGGCCCUCCCCUGAGCAUCGUAUUGUUUACCAACAUGUCAGCAGGGAUGGCGGACGAUAGGGACAGGAGCGUUUAUUUGAAGCUGGAGGCCCUCAAGGACAUCAGGGCUAAGGUGGUGGCUGUGGAGAGGCUGCGGGGAAGACUGGCACAGGAGGUGGAGGUGGUGCAGACGGAGGAGGCCAGUCUGGCUGAGUAUCGUGCAGAGAUGGAACUGCUGCUGCAAGAAAAGAUGGCCCAUGUGGAGGAGCUCCGUCAGAUCCAUGCAGACAUUAAUGCGAUGGAGAGCAUCAUAAAGUCAGCAGAAGACCUACGCAACAAGAGCCUUGAACAUGCCCGCCGCCUCUAUGAUGAGUACCACCCCCUCAAGCAGGAGGUGAGUCGCCUGGCAGUGCAGCAGCUUGGACACGACCUCAACCUGCCAAACCUUACUGCAGAGGAUGAUCCUGUGCCACCAGAUUUCUUUGAGAAGGCGGGAGUGGAGUGGAGCAUGGAACAUGAUGACCUGCGUGGUGGUGGCCUAAGCCUGCCCUCACUUGGGGCCAUGAAUGCCCCACCAUCCUUCUUGUCACCUCAGGCUCCUCUGCCAGCUCCCCUCAGGACCACCCCACAUAAAGCUGACCAGCGGCCUCUUCCCCCUCCUCCAGGGCCUCCCACUCCAUCAUUUAGGCAACAGCCACCCCCCAUGAAGUCGUGUCUCAGCUGCCACCAACAAAUCCACCGCAACGCUCCAAUCUGCCCGCUGUGUAAGGCCAAGUCUCGUUCCCGUAAUCCCAAGAAACCUAAAAAAAAAGAUUAAUGUGAAGAAUUCUAUAGAAGGCAAGAGGCAAGCAUUUUUGCAACUGUUCAGGUAACAGAACAUGUAGUACUUAAAUGUGAUUACUUUUACCUACUGUAGAUCAUUAGGAAUGUGAACCAUGAGUUAACUAGGCAUAGAAAAGUAAGAUUAUGACCAUUGUACUUAUGAGAUUGUUUUUCCUCAGUCAUGGCAGUCAUUAGCUCUCAUUGCCCUCAUUUUGAUGCAUAUUUUUAAAGAUUAAAGAAAACUUUUUAAUGUAAGGUGUAUGUCUCAUUAGUUGUUAGCCAUCAGGAAAUGUUAAACUAGCUGGAAAUGCAGCUGAUUUGUCUGGCACCAAGACAAAGGCCAUCACUGACCAUGUCUACAAGGGGAAGGACUGUAGAAAUGAAUGUGGGAAUUAUAGACAUAUAAGUCUCUUCAGUGUAGCUGGUAAGGUUUAUGGAAAAAAUUGUGAUUCAAAAAGGUGCAGAUGACAGAGUAGGGAUAAUGGAAUAUAGGAAAGGUUUAGAGAAGAUAUGGGUUUAUGUGGAUUAGAUCUUUUUCACAAGUAAAAGAGAAGAAAAUGUAUGCUACAUGCAUGCAUCUUAAGAAUAUGUAUAACAAUCAACUAUACUGAAUUGUACCAUCACUUGCUUGUGCAUGUGAAAUAUUUGAAAUAAAAGACAAAUGUCAAAGAUCCAAGCAGAAGAAAUGAUUACAUGAGAAAUGCCAGUGAUAUGCAAAGAAUGGGUGGUGGAAGUAAUGUAAAUGUGCAUAACAGAUCUGGUAUUUCCUAAAGGUGGAAAGGUGAAGGAACGUAAUGUAGAGUGGAUGAGGGAGUCAAAUGCAGUUCUUGAAAGUGGCUUUGUCAUGGCAGAAGGAAAGAGAGAGCAUAUAUGAAGUUGGUAUAAGUUUGGUGGUACAAGAGGACAGUCUCCAGUGAAAUAGAACAGAGUGCUGGUGUAUGUGAGAGUUAGGGGUAAGAGGAUUGGAGCAUGUAGGGAUAGGAAUAAAUGGAGACCCUUCUGUCAAGCUAUUCCUUUUGUGGGAGUUCCUAGGAGCAAGGAUCAGAUGGAUAGAUUGAAAUGCAGCUAUAUUAAAUAAAUUCUUUGUGAAGUGUUGAUGACAGCAUCAGCCUACCUCACCUGUAAGAUAAUAGUGUAAUGUUUGUGUGUGUGUGUGUGUGUGUGUGUGUGUGUGUGUGUGUGUGUGUGUGUGUGCGUGCUUUAUAUAAUGUUUGGCUUGUAGUUAUUGGGUUAGCCUGGUAUUGUGGUAUUCCAGGCACUUGUGUAACUGUACUUACAUGUUACUUCUGUAAGUGUUUUCAGUUUGUAUUUAAUAGUAUCUGUAGAAUGUAUCAAAUUACUAAAAUACAUUUGUGUAAU